UUAGGGGCGAUUUAGGGAUUUUAUUAACUCCCAUAUCUCCUGGGAAGAUAACACCCUCCGCACCAAUCCAUCUAAUAUCUAUCUGCCCCUUCCCACACCUGUCUUCAAUCAUCACCCCCCCAUAAAAAUCCCUGCUUUCUUGUCCCUUUCAAAUUUUUGUCCCUAAUCGAACCAGUGUUAUAAAAAUCUUUCAUCAUAAGAACAGUUUUUCAAGUCUCAACUUCGCAGAUCGCUUAUUUAAUUUGUUUUUUCCCUCUCCAUUGCUGGUGAGGCCGGGGAAGAAGACGAUGAGAUUGCACUCUGUAGAAGCAUAAGGAGAAAAAAAAGCAAUCUUUACUGGUUUUUGUUUCAAAGAUCGGCGCUUUCUUCUUUAAAUCCAUCAUUUUUUUUUUUGCCGGAUGGAUGGAUUCCAAGCACACCUGUCGUCCUUCUUCCACAACCGAUGGCUGGUGUUCGUUGGCGCAAUGUGGAUGCAGUCGUGUGCUGGGAUCGGCUAUGUUUACGGGAGUCUGUCGCCUGUAAUAAAGCACUCGAUGGGUUAUAACCAGCGGCAGAUCGCCGCAGUGGGCGUCGCGAAGGAUAUUGGCGACAGCGUGGGAUUUCUCGCCGGAAUUCUGUGUGAGAUUCUCCCUCUCUGGAUGGCGCUGCUUAUCGGCUCUUUCCAGAAUUUUAUCGGAUAUGGCUUGGUCUGGCUUACCGUCACUGGUCGGACUCCCCCGCUUCCUCUUUGGGCGAUGUGCUUCCUUAUAUUUAUAGGUAGCAAUGGGGAGACAUACUUCAACACCGCCGCACUAGUUUCCUGCGUGCAGAAUUUUCCCAAGAGCCGGGGGCCAGUAGUAGGGAUUCUUAAGGGCUUCGCCGGCCUGAGUGGCGCAAUAUUGACUCAGUUAUAUACGACCAUACACUCGCCCGAUCACGCCGCCCUCAUCUUCAUGGUUGCCGUAGGACCUUCCAUGGUGGUAAUCGCUCUUAUGUUCAUUGUUAGACCGGUUGGCGGGCACAAACAAGUGAGGCCGUCAGAUAACACCAGCUUCGUGUUUAUUUACAGUGUUUGCUUGCUCUUAGCUGCCUACCUUAUGGGCGUCCUCCUCCUCGAAGACCUUGUUGAUUUGCACCAGAGUGUGAUCUUUUUGUUCACUGUUGUAUUGGUUGUUCUACUAGCAAUUCCUAUCAUAAUUCCAUUAAUAUUGAGCUGCGGCCCUCUUGCGGCUUCAUCCGAUCAAGAGCGGCUCCUUUCUGAUGCUCAGAAAGGGGAGACGAGUCGACCGGACCAAUUCGCAGAGCAGAAUGAGGUGAUUCUAAGUGAGGUUGAGGACGAGAAGCCAAAGGGUAUGGAUUUGCUCCCGGCGAUGGAGAGGUGGAAGAGGAUUCAGCACUUGCAAGCGCAGCUAUUUCAGGCGGCCGCGGAUGGAGCAGUGAGGGUGAAAAGGAGGAAAGGGCCGCGGAGGGGGGAGAACUUUACAUUGAGUCAAGCUCUCAUAAAGGCGGAUUUUUGGCUUCUGUUCAUUUCACUUCUGUUAGGAUCGGGUUCAGGAUUGACAGUAAUUGAUAAUUUGGGGCAGAUGAGCCAAUCUUUGCAUUAUGAUGAAACUCAUAUUUUUGUAUCAAUGACGAGUAUUUGGAAUUUUCUCGGCCGGGUCGGUGGUGGAUAUUUUUCUGAGGUGAUUGUGAGCAAUUAUGCAUAUCCAAGGCCAGUCGCUCUAGCGGUAGCUCAAGCCGCCAUGGUCAUCGGCCACUUCUUCAUCGCCAUGGGUUGGCCCGGCGCAAUGUACAUCGGAACACUUCUGAUAGGACUCGGCUUUGGAGGCCACUGGGCCAUCGUACCCGCCGCCGCCUCUGAGCUCUUCGGUCUGAAGAACUUUGGAGCUCUGUACAAUUUCCUCACGGUCGCAAACCCCGCCGGAUCUCUCAUAUUCUCCGGUCUCAUCGCGAGCAAUAUAUACGACUAUGAAGCAGAAAAGCAAGCUCAGAGCCACUAUUUCCUGACUGGAGAGCAUCCUCAUAAAUGUGAUGGGGCUAUCUGCUUCUUCCUUUCCUCCAUGAUAAUGUCUGGUCUCUGCAUUAUUGCAGCUAUAUUGAGUUUGGUUCUUGUUUACAGGACCAAGGUUGUUUAUGCAAAUCUUUAUGGGAAAACUCAGAGUUGAGUUAUGGGCAUUGUGUGUAUAUGUUCUUUUUAGCUGCAUCAAGUGGAGGCACAAUAAGUAAUAAGGACAGUGGUGUAUUUUUCAUGGAUUUUGUUGUAUCUCAGCAUAUUAAAAAAAAAAAUUUAUUUAUGCCAAGGAUUUGUGUUUUUUGGAGGUGUAAAAUCU